UGUUAUUGCUUAAAUGUUCUUUGCUUUAGAGGACAAUAUUUAAUUAAAGUAUAAACAAAAUAUAUGGGUUUUCAAUUAAAAAGGUUGUAGAAAGUAUGCAAGAUUCGAAUUCUAUGCCAAUGUUGCUACUGUUAGUAAUUCAAUUAGUUUUGGUUGAUAGUUUUCGAAAUUUCGACGAUUUUCCAUUGCAUGAACCAUUGCAAUUAGAGGAUGAACAUUCAAAUAACAUGCCUAAUAACGAGCCUGAUUGCUCAAGAUGUGUAAAUAUGUUUAGACUAUCAGAAACUGAAUAUAUAUCAUCAAAAGACACAAAAAUAUUUUGCAUUAGGUUGCUCCAGGUAAAACGUUGCAUACAGAAAGAGCAACAUUCUUGUCAAAGAAAUAUUGGUGUGUUAGUGUUAAAUACAGGUGUUACAAUAAAACAAAAUUGGCAUAAAUGCUCUGAUUUUAAAAUUAGUGUAAAUGAUAUAAAAAAUAUUUUUAAAAAACAAAAAAAUAUUCCUGAUGAGAGAUGUAAAUAUAUGCAGACCAAAUCAGAUUUAAGUGAGUUUAAGCAUUGUGGUAUGUUUGGAGAUCCUCAUAUUAAAACAUUUUCAGAUCAACGUCAAACUUGUGUUGUAGAAGGAACUUGGUCAUUACUAGACAAUGACUUCAUAGCAGUUCAAGUAACAAAUGAAAUGGUUCAAGAAACAAAAAGUCAAAGUGCUACUGCUACAACAAAGAUUUCUAUUGUCAUUAAAGAGCCUUCUGACAAAUGUGUUGAUCAAAAGAUUUAUGAAGCGACUUCUCAGUUUUUACCAAGUAUUUUCAAGGAUGGUACUUACUUUACGGGUCCCGAUGCCUGUCGUACAGCUCUUAUUAAACCUAACGAUAAUGAAAUAAGAAUUAUUUUAUGCCAUAUAAAUACUACCUUGUUUAUAAAGCGAAUUGGAAAUUAUUUAACUUUUAAUAUUAAAACACCUAAUGAGUUUGUUAAUCAGUCUACUGGACUCUGCAUAGUUGGAUGUCCUGCUAGUGAGAUGGUAGAUUAUAACACUUUUUUUGCCAUUAAAGACAAUACAGUUGUAUCUCCAACUUUAAAAGAUAAAGCAAUAAAUAUAUGCAAUUUAGCAAAUCUAACAGACUUUUAUUAUGACUCUUGUGUAUUUGAUAUUCUUUCAACAGGGGACAUGAAUUUUGCUAAAGCUGCCUCCAUUUCAUUACAAGAUGCUCGUAGCCUAGAUUCAAACAUACGGCUGCGUAGGGAAAAUAGUAUAUUAUUGAGAGAUCAACUUAAUAUAGAUAAUAGUUUUGAUGAAAGUGUGUCCAGUGAACACUAUUCACCAUCAAGACUAAAAAGUUCUUCAUGUGAACAUUUUAAUAGGACACAUUUAGUUAUUUUAUCUGUGACUUGUCUGCUUGCUAUUUAUUUGAGGUGAUAUGAAAAGUAUAUUUUUUAAAAUUAUUUAUUGCUAAAAUUUAAUGUAUUAUUUUUGGUACUGCGCGCUUUGUAUAGAUGUUUUAUAAGUUCUGUAAUGAAUGUGAUUUUUCAUGUCAACAUAUAUUAUUUGGUAUUUUUUGUUAUUGGUGCGUUUUUUUUUUUUAAUUCUAAAUCUAAUUGGUGUGUUUUGUAUGCCUUACACAAUUUUUCUUUAUCUUUUAUUUUCUAAUAUUUGUAAAUAUUAUUUUUAGUAUAUGUAUUUUUUGAAAAAAAAUUUCUGUAUAUAAAGGAUAUGUAAAUUGAUGUGGUUUCAUGCAUUCACAGCAUUCUAUAAAUAAAGGCUAUAAAAAACUUCUGUGUU